ACAGCGUCUCGGCAGAGUGAAGUUGAAUCCUCCAUUUUGUGAAAGGGUGACGGAGCAGUUGUAACGGAGUUUAGUGCAUCUAAAGAUCGCCAUUUGCUGUUUCAUAUAUAUAUAAUAAUUUGACGGAUUUGAAAACAACACAUGCUGAAGCAGAAUUAAGGCAAAAGCAGAAGAGGAAAUGACUGAAACCCUCAACGAAGAAGCUCGCUCCAUGAUGGAUGACACACCAAGAGCACGGACUUUGAAUGAUUCAAGAAAAACAACAUCUCCUACAUCAAACCCUUCACGUGCAACACCAGCGUAUCAUCAGCGCAUCCUAAAAGUGAGCCCUAACGUCUACUCUCCACCAACAAAACCACAUUUACAAGCACAAUAUAGAGAAGAAGAUGACGACAAAGUUCCUAAAGCGCUCAAUAAGGAAGAGGAGUAUUUACGAAUACACCCUUUCAAUGAAUUGAAAGUAAUAAUGGCUCAUUUGUCAGUCCCUGACGGAGCGGGUGAAAGAUUCUCCAGAGAUCUGAUCAUCUUCUGCCAGUUAUGCAGCCCGACGCUCUAUGAAUUACAAAGAUUGCUUGUUUUACAACUAGGAGCUACGAGAUGGCGUAAGGUGAGUGGAAAUCUACCAAACGAGGACUGCCGGAGACAACACAGAGAUUGGGAGGAUCAAUCUAACGAUGAAUACCGUGCAGGAGUCACACGGCUUGCUGAAGCCAUAAAAGCUGAAUUCCCGAUGCAUGUGGACAUUCAGAAGAUCGACGACUGCGUCCAGCGCAGAGAAGAGUCUGUUUGGAAAUAUUAUGAGCGACUUUAUGAUGUGUUCAAUAAGAAUAGUGGCAUCCUAGAGCCUGAAGAUAAAGGAAAGCAGCCUGGUGUAUGGGAGAGUUUUCUGCGGUUAUCAUUCCUGAAAGGACUGAGACCCCAAAUUGCUGAAGGAGUCCAGGAUAAAUGCGUCGGCUGGCAGUGUGAACGAUUAUCCACCAUAUUACGAUAUGCAGUGCAUGUUGAAGAUCUGAUGGCAUCGGAGGAGAGAGAGGCUAAAGCUAGGGCUGAGAGAGAACUGCAGCGCGCUUUAGUGAAGGGUGUGUGGAGGUUUGGAGGAUGUUCAGUGUGUGGGAGUAAUGAUCAUGUGACCAGACGCUGCUCCAGAUGCAGACGCUGUAAACAAGACGGUCACUGGGCCAGAGACUGUACGGCCAAACUGGGAAACAAGUGAGGAAUGUGGAAAGCAGGGGGAAGUUUGUGUGUGUGUGACAACGUGUGUGUGUGUGCAUAUGAGUUAUGGUUAGUAAUAAUGAUAUUUACAUCAAGGCAGCACGGUGGCGCAGUGGGUAGCACGUUCGCCUCACAGCAAGAAGGUCGCUAGCUCCAGCCUCAGCUGGGCAACUGGUGUUUCUGUGUGGAGUUUGCAUGUUCUCCCCGUGUUGGUGUGGGUUUCCUCCGGGGGCUCCGUUUUCCUCCACAGUCCAAACACAUGCGCUAUAGGGGAACUGAUCAACUAAAUUGGCCAUAGUGUAUGAGUGUGUGUGUGAAUGAGUGUGUAAUGGGUUUUCCCAGUACUGGGUUGUGGCUGGAAGGGCAUCAGCUGUGUAAAACAUAUGCUGGAUAAGUUGGCGGUUCAUUCCGCUGUGGCAGCCCUUGAUUAAUAAAGAGACUAAGCCGAAAAGAAAAUGAAUGAAUGAAUAUUUACAUCAAUAGUGAUGAUAUUAAGAAUGGUAAUAAGAGAAGUAAAGGAUGACACACACACACACACACACACACACACACAAACACAGA